AUGUGCAGGCGAGCAGAGGAGGCCACCAAGGCGUACUGCGAGCUGGCAGGCGUGCUGUCGCAGGCUCCAGAUCCUCUGCCAUUCCUGCAUGCGCUGCAGCCAUUGCAGAAGAGUCUGGCAGAGGUGCAGCGAGAGAACAAACGACUGCAACUGUACGGCCAGGCAGCUGAGAGCGAGGCCAGCAGCGCCAGUGAGGCGGUUCUCAAGAAUCGAGAAUUGGAGAGACAGGUUGCUGAGCUCCAGGCAGAGCUCAAGGAGAAGGCCGAGAAGGACAGCCAGCUCCAACAAAAUGUGAGCAAGGUGGAGGACUUGAAGCGGGAGGCAGACCAACAGCGGCAGGAAUCUGAGCAGCAGAUCAAAAGGCUGCGAGAGGAUAUGGCCUUACUCCAGGAGGCGGAGUCGAGCCAUGCGGAGGAGAUGGGAUUGGCGCAAGUGGAGCUGCAGCGGGCGGUGCAGCAGUGCGCGGCGCUGCAGGCUGAUCUGGAUUCGCGCGCGGCCCCCGAUGAGGUGGCGGCCCUGCACGCACGCAUCGAGACACUGCGCCACCUCGUGGACGUCCACGAGGAAACCGAGGGAGAGGAGCCGGAGACAAGUGGCCAUGCAACAUCAUCUGCCUCCGCUGCAUCCUUGCAUGCCAUCUUGCAGGCGCGCAAUCGACGGCUGGCGGCGGAUCUGCAGUCGCUGCAGCAGCAGCUGAAGGCCAAGGACGACGCGAUGGGGCAGAUGCAGGAUCGGCUGGCCGGCCUGCAGCAGGAAGCGCGGCACAAGGCCGCGCUCGUGCAGAGCCUGGAGAGGGACCUCCUGCAAGCCUCCCAGAAUGUGGGGAGCACCGUCGAUGGCAGCCGGCCCGCAUCUGCAGGGCAUGCCGAGAAUGGCGAGGAGGCGUCAGGGCAUCAUGCCAGCGGAGCACCAUCUUCAUCCCUGCUCAGCAUCAUCACCAGCCAGCGGGACCGCUUCAGGGGAAGGGUGGAGCAGCUGGAGGGUGAGAUGGCUGGGAUGAGGGGCCAGCUGGCGGCGGCGCGCUCGGACCUGGCGGGCGCUCGCGCGGACAGCGUGAAGCUGUACGAGAAGAUCCGCUACCUGCAGCGCUUCUCCGCCAAGCACUCCGCCUCCGACGGGUUCCAGGUUGUCCAGGUUGACAGCGAGGGCGUGGCACACCCCAAGGCCUCGCAGCAGCACCGCCUGCAGUGCGGCCCGGUGCACAUCGACUUGGGCGGCAGUGGGUCGCCGGAGCGGGAUGCGCGGCCGCAGGUGGGGCCGUCUGCAUCCCCGUCACAGCUGCGCGCGCGGCCGGCCCGGCAGCGCAGCGCCUGCUUCGGCUUUGUUGAGGCCGAUGACGAGGAAGCUGUGCACUCGGCCGCCGAGCAGCGCUACCUGAAGGCGUACGAGGCGCGAUUUAACCCAUUUGCUGAGUUCCAGCAGAGCGAGGAGGUCAGCCGUGUGAAGUCGCUGCCGGUCCAUGACAGAGCCAUCCUGUCAGGAACAAGGUUGCUGUUGCAGAAUAAGGUUGGGCGCAUUUUUGCGGCGGUCUACCUAACAGUGAUUCAUGUAUUUGUUUUUGUACUGAUUUACUAUGCGGCUUUAUCAAGUCAGCCGGUUGUAGCACCCAUUGCAAGUCAAGCUGCAUCUGCAGACGUAUAUGCUUCAUGA